AAGUCCACAGUGGUUAGUUGGGAAUUUGGUGGUUUCACGGAGUAUUUUUCUGUGCUGCUGCAUAGAAAGCGGAGCUUGGCUGUGCUUUUUGGACUCCAGAAGCCAGGAAUGUUGCAGUCAGUGCAAGGAUGACAAAGACAGAGGCAGCCAAAGUCAGAUUGUAUUGCAGGAUUCUGUGGAGUUCCCUAAGCAAGAAAAAAGAAAUUACAGCUGCUAUCACCACCCCUUUUGUGUAAGGGGUCCUGCCUGUAAAAGCAUGAAAAUGCAUCCUCCUGGAUUGCUGUUUUUCUUCUUAGCAGCAUGCCUCACUCCCACAGCGGACUGCCAGAGUCAGAAGUUAAAAUCCAUGCGAUGCAAUGUCAAGACGAUGUUUACCUUGAACACAGCGUGUACUGCUUGUGCUGCAGCACCUAAAAUGUUGUGUCCAAGAGGCUGGUUAAAGACCACCCAAGGAUUAGGGGUGAGAGACUGCAGGUACUCUGUCGAGUUAGGAGAAAAUACCCUUUCCCUGCCAGGGUGUCAUCACAUAUGUAAGAAGGAUAUUGAGGAGAAAAAGUGCUGUCCAGGAUUCUGGGGUACAGAGUGCUAUGAGUGUCCAGGUGGUUCUGAAAAUCCCUGCAAUGGCCAUGGGACGUGCUUGGAUGGGAUGCAGCAAAACGGGACCUGCAUUUGCAAGGAGCAAUACAGUGGGUUUGCCUGCCAGAACUGUCGAGAUGAAAAUCGUUUUGGCCCAGACUGUCAGUCAGUGUGUGACUGUGUGCACGGGGAGUGCAACAGCGGCGUCGCUGGGAAUGGGAACUGCACGUGCUAUGGAGGCUACACAGGCCCCAGGUGUGACCAAGAGCUGUCCCUGUGCAAAGGCGUGACGUGCGAGCCCAACAGCGAGUGUGUGGUGAGGGAUGGGACUGCAGAGUGUGCCUGCAAGCUGGGCUACAGAAAGCUUGGGAGCACUUGCCAAGCUCAGGAUCCUUGUUCUCCUUCUCCAUGUUCCCCCUUCGCUGUAUGUAAAGCUCUUGGAUCACGAACAUAUCAAUGUACCUGCAAAGAAGGAUAUCAAGGAGAUGGGAACAUUUGCCAGCCCAUAAACCCUUGUGUUGACAACAAUGGGGGCUGCCCAGAAAACUCUACAAUUUGUGUUUACAGACGUCCAGGAGAGGCAACUUGUGCUUGCAAGCCUGGGAUGAGUAAAAGAACUCCUUCGUCCGAGUGUUCUGCAUUUCCCAAUGAUUGCCGGCAGUAUUUUUGCGACGUGACUUCCAAGUGUGAGAUUAAUUCUCAGGGGAAUCCUAGCUGUGUGUGUAAAGAAGGGGAGAUUGGAGAUGGGAGAAGCUGCUAUAAAGAUCUCUUGGGUGAAAUAAAUCAGCUCAAUUUGCGAGGAAGGUUUGCUAGGAAAUUUAACAUCGCCAGGAAAAUGUUUGCUUCUGGUUGCUCAAUGUUGCUGACUAAAUACGGGCCCUUCACAGUCUUUGUACCAUCCCUUCUUCCCAUUCAUGAUAGAACGGAAUUUAAUGACACCACUGCUGAGCGGUUGUGCAGAAUGCACAUUGUUCCUGGUCUGCACUUAAUAGAAGACAUGAUUAAAACCAAGACAAUGUGGACCUUGUCAGGACACCAGCUGACGUUCACGAGCCAGACAUACAUCAAGUCAUUUCGAUAUCAAGACCUGCCGGGGGAGCUGUACAAUGUUCUGCACUCAAACCUGCCAGCAGCCAAUGGCAUCAUGCAUGUGGUUAACACUCUGAGGAAAAAAACCAGCACUGACAACCUCAGCAACCCACAGAAAACCAUUGGUGAGAUCCUUGCUUCGAUGGAGAUCUUCAGUAGGUUUGAAACUAUACUGGAGAAUUGUGGCCUGCCUGCAAUCCUGGAUGGACCAGGCCCUUUUACUGUAUUUGUGCCCAGCAAUGAUGGUGUGGAUAAGUUGAGAGAUGGAAGGCUCAUUUAUCUUUUCACAGAGGGCAUAAAUAAGCUUCAGGAACUCGUGAGACAUCACAUCUACACUUCAGCAGCGGUGACAGUAGAUAAACUGAUGACGAUGCCACAAAUUGUUACUAUGGCUAACCAGAUACUUACCAUCAACAUCAGUGCAGAUGGAAGAAUUCUGAUGGAUGAAUCAGGGAUCCCCUUAAACAUGCGAGACAUUGUGGCAUCAAAUGGUAUCAUUCAUACCUUGGAUGGCAUCUUCAUCCCCCCCUCAAUAAUUCCCAUUUUGCCUCACAGAUGCAAUGAAGAGCAACAUAAAAUUGUGACGGGCUCUUGUGUGGAUUGUGAGGCCCUCAACACCAGUAUUUGCCCACCUGGCAGCACAGAAAUGGAACCAACGCUCUUCCCAAAAGAAUGUGUCUACAUCCAUGAUCCAGAAGGCCUGAAUGUCCUGAAGAAGGGAUGCGCCAGGUACUGCAAUCAAACCAUCACGAAACCUGGAUGCUGCAAAGGAUUCUUUGGUCCAGACUGCAUGCCAUGCCCAGGGGGAUUUUCCAGUCCAUGCUAUGGCCGGGGAAAUUGCAGCGAUGGCAUUCAGGGGAAUGGCAACUGUCACUGCUUUGAGGGUUUCAAAGGAACAGCCUGUCACAUCUGUGCAAACCCAAACAAGCAUGGCGAGAACUGUGACGAAGACUGUGGUUGUGUCCAUGGUGUCUGUGACAACAGGCCUGGCAGUGGUGGUGUGUGUCAGUCCUGGUCCUGUAAGGAGGGAUACACCGGGAAAUUCUGCGACAGGACAUCCAAGAACUGUGGCCCGAGCGGGCUGUCUCAGUACUGCCACCAGAACGCUGUCUGCAGCCUCAACGACACAGCAAGGUGCAUCUGCAUGGAUGGAUACGAAGGUGAUGGGUUUUCCUGCCAGCCCAUCGACCUGUGCAGUCAGCCAGAACGGGGAGGUUGUUCACAGAAUGCCCUGUGCACCAGUACAGGCCCUGGCACUGCCACCUGCCAGUGCAACGUGGGCUGGACCGGGGAUGGGAAGGUGUGUGUGGCCAUAGACAACUGCAUGCUGGAGAGCAGAGGGAACUGCCACCUCAACGCUGACUGCGUCUACAUCGGCCCUGGGCAGAGCAAGUGUGUCUGCAAGAGGGGUUAUGCUGGGGAUGGCCACAGCUGUGAUGCAAUCAACCCCUGCCUCAUGGACAACGGCGGCUGCCACGACUUGGCUACAUGUGUGCCCCUUGGUGGAGGAGAGAGAUCCUGUGUUUGCUCUGAAGGCUACAUGGGGGAUGGCAUGACGUGCUACGGGGACAUUCUAAAAGAGCUGGCCAGGAAUUCCCACUUUGCGAGUUUCUACAGCUGGGUUAAGAAAUCUCUCUUCAGCAUCCCAGCAGGAACCAAUGUCACUGUCCUGGUGCCAUCAGAGGCAGCUAUCAAGAACUUGAGUGACACUGAGAAGGAUUUCUGGUUGACCCCCUACAUGCUGCCAUUUUUAGUCAGGGCCCACUUUCUGGAAGGUGUCUUCACUGCUGAAAAGCUCAAAAAGUACGAUGGGCCAGAAUUACCCACUCUCAACCCACAGACCAGAUGGCAGAUAAACACCACGAGCAGUGUAUUAACCAUCCAGAAUGCAAGUAUAGUUGUCAGUGACAUCCCUGCCAGCAACGGCAUUAUCCAUGUCCUCAGUAAGGUUUUGUUACCGCCUUCAGGAGAUGUCCCACCGAGUCCUCCUGGGCUGCAGGAACAGCUCGAGUCAGUGGCCUCAUUCAGCACAUUCAAGGACUUGCUAGAGCAAUACCAGCUCACUGGGAAGAUCGAGUCCUCUGAAAAAUACACCAUUUUUGUUCCUGGAAAUAAUUCCAUUGAGGAGUACUGCCACGCUGCCAAUGUGACCCAGUUGGACAAUGCAACAGUGCAGUACCACGUUGUACUGGGAGAAAAGCUCUUGCCCACAGACCUGAGAAGUGGAGUUCAUAAGAACAGCAUGUUGGGGCUCUCCUACUGGCUAAUGUUUUACCAGAACAGCACCCAGAAGUUUGUCAAUAAUAUUCCUUUGGAUGGAAAAUUCCUCGAGACCAAGAAUGGAAUGCUGGUCGGGGUGUCGCAGGUGCUCCAGAUACAGAAGAAUCGUUGCACUGCCAACACCACCACCAUACAAAAGUCAAGAUGCGGCAAGUGUGAGAAGGGGAUCAAGUGUCCUCCUGGAUCAGUUCUUGUGGAGCUGCCAGGGAGCAAGAAUCUCGCUCGCUGCGAGCUGCGCUCCGGGGACGCAGGGAUACUUGGCUGCCAUUUCACCUGUGCAAAAGUUUCUCUGAGGUCCGUCUGCUGCCCCGGCUACUACGGACACAUGUGCGAGAUGUGCCCAGGGAAGCCAGGCCAGUGGUGCUCCGGGAACGGGGAAUGCCAGGAUGGCAUGGAGGGCAGCGGAGAGUGCCGGUGCCUGGAGGGUUUCCACGGCACUGCCUGUGAAAUGUGUGAAGUGGGACGAUAUGGAGCUGACUGCAAAUCAGAAUGUGCCUGUGACAACGGGAUAUGUAACGAUGGACUGCAAGGGGACGGGAGCUGUGACUGCUUCCCAGGGUGGAAGGGCCCCACCUGCCAAGAGAGAAUCAAGACUGACCUAUGCAAUAACACCUGCCAUCAAAUGGCCAACUGCCUCAAUAGUUCCACAGAUUCCCUACCUAUGUGCUUCUGCUCUGCUGGAUACACAGGGAAUGGGACCCAUUGCACAGAAAUAGAUCCCUGCACUAUGGACCACGGUGGCUGCUCUGUGCACGCUGUGUGCACCAAAGUGUCCCCAGGAGAGAGGACCUGUGUCUGUAAGGAUGGCUACGCUGGGGACGGGACACUCUGCCUGGAAAUUGAUCUCUGUCUUGAAAGCAAUGGGGGCUGCCACACCAACGCUGAGUGCAUCAAAACAGGCCCAAAGAAGGUUGCCUGCAACUGUCUUCCUGGUUACAGUGGGGAUGGUGUGAGCCAGUGCAACCCCAUCAACCUGUGUGAACAGAACAACGGAGGCUGCAGCCCCUUUGGGCUCUGCAAGUACACGGGGCCAGGCACUCGGAACUGCUCCUGCUCCUGGCACAGCGUUGGAGAUGGCUUCACCUGCCGUGGCAAAGUGCAUCUGGAGCUUGGAAGAAUUCCAGACUCGUCCGUGUUCUUUAGGAUGAUACAGGCAGAAAACAUCAAAGAACUCAGUGGGGCAGGGCCUUUCACUGUCUUCGUCCCACAGACAGAUUUCAUAGGAAACACUACAACAUUUGAGGAGUGGAAGAGCAGACGUCUCCUCCGGGACCUGCUUCGCUACCACAUGGUGGGUUGCCAGAAAUUGCUCUCCAGUGACCUGGAAGCCCAGGAGUCCCUCACAUCUUUAUCUGGUCACAAAAUAAAGAUCACAGUGAACGAGAAUAGCAUCUUUCUCAAUGGGGAAGCCAAGGUGGUCAUGAGUGACAUCAUCGGCGUGAACGGAGUCAUCCAUUUCAUCAACAAGAUCCUCAUUCCAAGUGACCUGGUGGACCGUAACAUCUCCUCCAAGCUCUCAUUGCAGAACGUCACGGAGGUGGCAGAGGCCUUUGGGUACAGCAUUUACAGCAAGCUGCUGCAGGACGCGGAGCUGCUGCCGCUGGUCAGUGACCCCCUGCACAGGCCCUUCACGCUGCUGUGGCCCACGGACGCCGCCUUUAACGCUCUCCCCGAGGACAGGCAGAAGUACCUGUACCACAGGGAGCACCGGGACGUGCUGGCCUCCUACCUCAAGGCACACAUGAUCAGGGACACCAAGAUUUUUGCUGGUAACAUGCCCCAGGUCGAAACCAUACGGACCAUGCACGGCUCCACCAUCUCGUUCAGCUGCAGCAAAACCCACGUGGGGGAGAUUCUGGUGGGGAACGGCGAUGCCACCAUCAUCCAGAGGCACAUGGAAUUCAGUGGGGGCAUUGCUUAUGGCAUUGAUAGACUGUUGGAGCCACCAGAUCUGGGAUCUCGGUGUGAUAAGUUCAGCUUCACUGAGCUACAGGGAUCUACAGAGAGCUGCGGACUCUGUGGCUUCGAGCCACCCUGCCCUGCUGGCUCCGUUCAACGGGGGGAAACCAGGCGCUGCUACUAUUACGGGAACCAGCUGCUGAGGAACACGUUCCUGCUUCACCGCAACUCCCUGUUGCGGCCGUCGUGGCCACCACACUCCCCGUGGGACCCCUUCAGGAGACACUUCUCUUCCAGGGGGCCUCUGAGACGAGGCUGCAGGAGGAGCUGCGUUUCCAGCCAGUGGAUCCCACAGUGCUGUGCCAACCACUACGGCUGAGACUGUCGGGUGUGCCCGGGGGGGCUGGAGGCGCCGUGCAAUAACCGUGGGACCUGCGACGACAAGAUCGGCGGCUCGGGGAGGUGCAACUGCAGCGAGGCCUUCAUCGGGACCAGCUGCGAGCUGUGCGCGCCCGGCAGAUACGGCCCCGAGUGCCGAGAGUGUAACUGCACUGAGAACGGCGUGUGCAAUGCGGGGCUGCACGGUGGUGGUGAUGGCAGCCGUGCCCGUGUCACAGCCCUUAGAUCAUCCCGACCCGUGUGUGCUCUGGUUUCAGUGGUGACCCCCACCUGCUCCCCACCGUGCCACCCCCAGGCCGUUUGCCGCGCCGGCAACCUCUGCGAGUGCGACCUGCACUACGAGGGGGACGGGAGAGUGUGCUCAGUGAUCGACAUGUGCAGCCAGGACAACGGGGGGUGUGCCCGGCACGCCCAGUGCUCCCAGCUGGGCGUGAACGUCUCCUGCGCCUGUGAUCCCGGCUACAGCGGCGACGGCUACGUGUGUGACCCCAUCGAUAGGUGUGCGGACGGCAGGAACGGGGACUGCAGCCAGCACGCCUCCUGCAUCAGCACUGGCCCGAACGAGCGGCGCUGCGAGUGCAAGCAGGGCUAUGUGGGAGAUGGGAUCCAGUGCCUGGAAGAGGUCGUGCCCCCCACGGACCGGUGCCUGGAGGACAACGGGCAGUGCCAUCGGGAGGCCAUCUGCACUGACCUGCACUUCCAUGAUAAGACCAUGGGCGUGUUUCACCUGCAGUCACCCCGAAAAAAGUAUGACUUCACUUACGAGCAGGCUCAGGAGGCCUGUGCCGCAGAAGGCGCUUCCCUGGCCACGUUCCGGCAGCUCUCGGCAGCACAGCAGAUGGGGUUCCAUCUGUGCUUGGUGGGUUGGCUGGACAAUGGCACAGCCGGAUACCCCACAGCCUACCCCAACCCCAGCUGUGGGUCCAACCACGUGGGCAUUGUGGACUAUGGCUCCCGAAGCAACCUGAGCGAGACCUGGGAUGCGUUCUGCUACCGGGAGAAGGAUCUGACUUGCACCUGCCGUGAGGGGUUUGUGGGAGAUGGGUACUGGUGCAGCGGGAGACUCCCCAAUGUGCUCGCAGACAACGACCGCUUCUCCACCUUCUAUUCCAUGUUGCUCAAUUUUGCCAAUGACACAGAAGAAGGACUGGAUUUUUUCAUGUACCUGUCUGAUGACUCCGCUCCCAAAACUCUGUUUGUCCCUCUGAACUCUGGCUUUGCAGGCAAUGAGACACUGACAGGAGAAGAACUGAAGCUUCAUGUGUCAUCCAGCAAUGUUGUCCUCUUCAGCUACAACCUCACAACAGGCACCAUCAUCCCAUCCCAGUCAGGACAUGACCUCCACAUAUCAGAACUCCCAGUGGGCAACAGUACAGAGCACUCAGACGCCAAAGGGAUCAAUGACACGAUGAUUGUGGAGUGGGACAUCGUGGCUUUCAAUGGCAUCAUUCACGCGAUUGCAGAGCCCCUGAGGAUCCCACCGCCUGUCGUUCACCUCGGCCAGGUGAACGGUGCCGCGCGGGGCUCGGGCUCCGUGGCCACCGGGACGGUGUCAGCGCUGUGCUUCGCCCUGGCGCUGGCCGCUGGGGCCGGCAUCGCCUACCACUGCGUGAGGAGGCGGCGGCAGGAGGGGCAGUUCGGGUAUUUCCAGGCGGAUCUGCGCGCGGACGAGGAGGAGGAGGAGGAGCAGGAGGAGGGGGCGGGGCCGCGGAAGGCGCGCGCGGGGCCACGCGCCGGCAGGCCCCGCCCCCAGCGGCCGCUCGUGGCCAUCCCCAACCCGCUGUACGGCGGCCACGCCCCCGACUACGAACCGCUGCACGACCCGCCCCUGGCGGACUCCAGCACCGACCCCCCCGGGUUCCCGCAGUGACCCCGCACGGACCGGACCGGCCCGCCGCGAAAUAAACAGCUCAGCGCCACCGGCUC